UGAAGUCGUCAUCAGCCAAUGGGGAUAUUUGUUGACGCAGUCAGCGGCCAACGAGGGCAGUCGUGAAGGGAGUUCCACUACCGUUCGCCACCAGCAAGGAUAUAUAAACUGCCGAUGGAGUUCGAAAAGGGGUUUGAAGCAAGUCAAGAAUAGCAGUGCUGAACAGACUCAGGCAGGGUCCUUGCUACUGAACACAGACUCAGAGAGCAGCGAAACCGAAGAGCUCUAAACGAUUGCAAUCGGCUUUUAUUUCUUAUUUUGAAAACACAUUUUCCAGUGUCUCAUGCAACUUUUCUAAAUUCAGCUAUUGAUUAUUUUUGUCUUCUAAAAAAUAACUUCUGUUGACAACCUGUCUUGAUGUAAACAAACCUGGCACAGAGGUGCUUAUACCUUGCAAAAAAAGUAUAUUCCGAAAUUAAACGUAUCUGCAGAACAAAGUGACAAUGCCUUAUGAUCUAGCGGGUGUGUUUGACAACCGGGCGGAUUAUAAAUCCGAGAAACAGUGCCAAAGAACCUCCUUUGCCUUCUACCAAGCAGUGCGGGACCUGCUACCAGUAUGGGUACUCGAGGACAUGCGGACAAUGGAGGUGUUUCACUGGGAAGAUGACGGGCGGGCGUGCUCUUUUACUCCAUCCGAGGCUUUUCUGUAUGCACUUGUGCACGAUCAUCAACAAUACGCCAGAUACCUGCUCAACAGAUACUCCGUCGGCGCACUGGAGAUGCCCAGUCGAAGCUUCUGCUGCUGCCAAGCAUCUGCAACACCACAUCUCACAGUAGCUGUCCGCUAUAACCGUAUUACUAUCCUGAAAAUGAUUCUGGACUCUCUGAAAGACUUCCCCAAUAGCGAGCGCGUGAGCUACAUUAACAGUCGUGGAUGUUUUCACGUGGAGGGAGGCAAAGGUGCAUUGCAUCUGGCGUGCGAACUGGUUCGCCCUGAGUGUUUGAUUCUGUUACUAGGACACGGUGCAUGUCUUUAUGUCACAGAUCGAGAUGGGAACACCCCCCUGGACUGCCUCUUAAAUCAGAUACGCCGGGGUGAGCCUGACAUGCGCCGGAAGCACGUCUGCCUUGGUUAUCUCAUUCUCUUCAUGCCAAAAUUCCAUUUUCAAAUGAAGGGAAAGUUGGAGAAGAAUCCAGGGCUGUGGCAGGGUCUUAUUGGAGAGCAGGCGUUCCAGUGGCUAUCAGGAUUAUCUCCCCCAUCUCUCUUUGUUCAGGCUAUGCAGAAGUUGACCCAGUCCAUACCUGUUGAACAGCUGGACCCUCUGCCAGACUUUCUGAAACCACUGGACUUCAGACUACACCAGUAUGCUAGUUAAACAUUCUCUCAGACCUCUCAGAUUAAACUACUGUACUGACUUCUGGAAUCAAAUAGUUAUUUUUGGCUAUGGUGUGAACACUUCGACAACAGUGUCAAUAAACGUGAAUUAAAUGCAGCAUGUGGCUUUGUAAAUAGCAACUCAAAAUGUUCUUUACAUUUUGAUGUUUAAAAACAAUGCACUUUAGAAUAAAUGUUGAGUUGUCAUAUUUGACACUCAAGAGUGAAUUUAAUGGUGUUAAUGUUGCAAUGUGUAAAUAAAAUACUAUUAUUGUCUAUAAAAUA